GUUGGUUUUGUCGUGACACGGCUCAAAUGGUUUAUACUCGCUCUUCCGUGAAAAAAAUAAAAACGAUGUGUACAGAUAAAACGUUCCAUGUCCUUGAUCAUUUAUAACGUUAGGUUACGUAUUGUUGUUGGUUUCUUUUACUUUUCUAAAAUUAGAUCGUAAAGUUUGAAGAUGUGAUUCAGAGGAAAGUACAAUUCUGUUUUCGAAGGCUUUAUAUUAAAGAUGUCGGUAAAAUACUCAAGAUUAAACACAACUGAAGACGAUAUUUCCGGGGUCAAUUCUGAUGAUGAUGAAUACAAUGUGGAACUUUCAACAAGACAGAUACUGAGGGAGGAAGAAGCCGAUGAAGAUCGAGACAAUGAUGGGGAGGAAACAUAUACUGUUGAAGACGCUGUUGAAAAACUUGGACUAGGAUGGUUUCAGUUCCGACUAUGGGCCAUCACGGGCUUGUUUUCGGCAGCAGACGCCUGCGAGAUGAUGCUUCUUGCCGUGCUAUCUCCAGUAGUUAGGUGUGAAUGGGGGCUAACACAAGCUCAAGUUGCUUUAAUUACCACUGUUGUUUUUGUUGGUAUGGGCUGCAUGUCGCCUUUCUGGGGUAUGGGUGCCGAUAAAUAUGGGAGAAGAAAUAUACUAAUGCUUGCCUCGUGGCUGGUCUGGUAUUUUGGCAUGCUUACGUCAUUCAGUCCGUCAUACACCUGGAUUCUUAUAAUGCGUGGACUUGUUGGUGCUGGGAUCGCAGGAAUGCCUCAUGGGUAAGUUAGGUGUAGUGAUUCGCAUGAUAAUAUCAGAUAUAUAUUUUGGUUAUAUGAUAUAUCGUUUUAUAAUUUACUUGUAUUUAUUUUGCUAUAUUUACUGAAUCUUUUACGACCAAACCAAAAGAAAACCCGUAUUGUUUACGAAUGCUAUUCAGAAUUUACUUUACAAACGAAAUAGCAUUAUGAUACGGUUUAAUAUAUAAUCAAAAUUAACAUAAGAGGGUAUGUUAUAUAAAUGUAUGAGUAUUAUAAUCUGGAGCAUGUAUUUUGCUGUGAAUUAUGGGAUAGAUUACGUCACAAUGGAUCACAUCCGGUGGCCCAGCGCCUCGUGAGAUCCUGACCUGAUCAAGUCCAUUCGAGUAAAAUACAUAUUUCUGACCAAAAUACUCUAAUAAUUAUGCCUUUGUUGUUAUUUAUAUACAAGUUUGUUUUUCUACAUUUAUUAGCAGAGCAUAGUUAAUGUAUCUAUACAUAAUCGUUUUAUUACUUUUUUUAAAAAAUUUCCUGUGUUUUGUCAAUUUUAACAAGCCUUUUUAAGAUUCAAAGUAAUGGAGCCAGCAUAGCAUAUGACAUAUUUUAGACUUGUUAUAUAUGUUUUAAUCUUCAUCAUUUAUAUAUAAUCGGUUGUAGUGCAUGUUUUAGAAAUACGAAAAAAACACAUUUAUAUUUAUAUAAUUUUUAAAUAACAUUUAAAUGUAAUGGAAAAGGCGUGUUUCUGUUUGGUACUGGCUAUAUGUGGCAUUAUUUAUUGUUGUGUCGUCCAAUUGGCGGGUUGUGCUUUCAACUGGUGGAGCAUGUUUUAACUGGCUGUUUUUGGUAUUUUUAGUAUCUUAAGUUUGCUGAUGAAUGAAAAUAAUUCAAUCUCUCUCAAUACUACACAUUUAAUAUCCAUUUCUUAUCUCUAUUAUUUUUCAUCAAAUAUUUCAGAUAUGAUUUUUUCUUAUUUUUGCCUUAGAGUAUCCACUUUUAAU